AUGUCAACAAAAUUACAGAUGAUUGUAGAUGAUCCAUAUCUUGAGCCAUUUGCUGCAACAAUUUAUGGAAGACAAAAGAAAACACUUGAUGUUCUUUCAAAAAUAGAACAUAAUGAAGGAUCGUUAGAAGAAUUUGCUAAUUCAUAUAAACGAUAUGGGUUAAAUAGAACAACACAAAAAGAAAAUGGAAAAGAAGUAGAAGGAUGGAGUAUUAGAGAGUGGGCACCUAAUUUUAAAGAAAUGUAUUUAUUUGGAGAUUUUAAUAAAUGGGAUAGAGCUACAGCUAUUAAAUUAGUUCGUGAUGAAUUUGGAACACAUAGUGGGUUUAUUCCAGAUGAAAAUGGAGAAUCUAGAAUUAAACAUUUAAGUAAAAUAAAAGUAUUUGGUAUAACGUAUUCAGGAGAACGAUUAGAUAGAAUUCCUACAUAUCAUAGAUAUUGUGUUCUUAAUCCUAAAACAUCAUCAAUGGAAGCUGUUGUUUAUAAUCCAGAACAUCCAUAUAUUCCAACAUCACCAAAACCAAAAAUCCCAAAAGCAUUAAAAAUAUAUGAAAGUCAUGUUGGAAUUUGUACACCAGAAAAGAAAAUAGCAAGUUAUGAUGAAUUUAGAGAAAGAAUUGUUCCAUAUUGUAAAAAAGUUGGAUAUAACACUAUUCAAUUAAUGGCUAUUAUGGAACAUCCAUAUUAUGCAUCUUUUGGAUAUCAAGUAACUAAUUUCUUUGCUGCAUCAUCAAGAUUUGGAACACCUGAUGCAUUAAAACAUUUAAUUGAUGAAUGUCAUAAAGAAGGAAUUAUUGUAUUAUUAGAUAUUGUUCAUUCACAUACUUCUGCAAAUGUAGUUGAUGGAAUUAAUAUGUUUGAUGGAAGUGAUGGACAUUAUUUACUUGCAGGAGAACAAGGAAAACAUCCAUUAUGGGGAUCAAGAUUAUUUAAUUACAACAAUUAUGAAACAUUAAGAUUUUUAUUAUCUAAUGUUAAAUAUUAUGCAGAAGAAUUUGGAUUUGAUGGAUUUAGAUUUGAUGGAGUAACUUCUAUGAUUUAUACUCAUCAUGGUGUUGGAGCACAUACUUUUGAUUAUGCACAUUAUUUUAGUCCAAAUGCAAAUGAAGAUGCAUUAACUUAUUUAUCAUUAGUUAAUAUUCUUGUUCAUAGAAAAAAUAUGAAUUGUGUUACUGUAGCAGAAGAUGUAUCAGGAUAUGCAGGAUUAUGUAGAACAUUUGAGGAUGGAGGAAUUGGAUUUGAUUACAGACUUGCUAUGUCAUGUCCAGAUCUUUGGGUAGAAUAUUUAAAAACAAAGAAAGAUGAAGAAUGGAAUGUAAAUCAUAUUGGAUUUGUAUUAAAUAAUAGAAGAUGGAAAGAAAAAGCUAUUGCUUAUGCAGAAUGUCAUGACCAAGCAUUAGUUGGUGAUAAAACUAUCUCAUUUUGGUUAAUGGACAAAGAAAUGUAUACUGGAAUGUCAUGUUUAUGGCAACCAUCAUUAAUUAUUGAUAGAGGAAUUGCUUUACAUAAAAUGAUUCGAUUAGUAACUUGUAUGUUAGGAGGAGAAGGAUAUUUAACAUUUAUGGGAAAUGAAUUUGGACAUCCAGAAUGGCUUGAUUUCCCAAGAGAAGGAAAUGGUGAUUCAUUCCAUUAUUGUAGAAGACAAUAUAAUUUGGUUGAAGACCAUUUAUUAAGAUAUAAAUUUUUAUUGGCUUUUGAAAGAGAAAUGCUUCAUUUAGAAGAUCAAUAUCCAUGGUUAAAUAAACCAAAUGCUUAUAUCUCAAAACAUAAUGAAGGAGAUCAUGUUUUAGCAUUCCAAAGAGGAGCAGUUAUUGGAAUUUUUAAUUUCCAUUAUGAAAAGAGUUUUACAGGAUAUGGAAUUGGAGUAAAAGAACCAGGAACAUAUAAAAUCAUAUUAAACUCAGACUCUUCAGAGUUUGGAGGAUAUGAUAGAAUUACUUCUCAAGAAUACAUCUCUCAACCAAUUGAAUGUGAUGGAUUACCAAAUCAAAUUCAAAUUUAUAUUCCUUGCAGAGUUGCUAUUGUUUUAACAAAAAUAAAUUAA